UAUCUAUGGCUCUCCUCAGCCCGUCGGGGGUUUUCCCUCGCGAGCGGUUCACCGAUUGAUUCAUUCUUCCGUCAACACGCGUUCCGUUCGGUUGUUGGCUCCUGCUUGGGUGGCGUCGUCUUGAGCCCGUACCCUGUCCACCCGGCAAGCGAAAAACUAAUCGUGGAGAACAAUUUAAGACAUAGCUCCAAAUGUGGCUCUUCCCAUUGAGAACUUAGGACUAGUCAUAAACCGUGCAUAAUAAACGCCAGUAGUCACCAAAUAGAGUAAAACUGUGUCACACUCUAGCGGGCUAUUUUAAGUGCAUUUUUCGGGUGCCAAAAAGACUGAGUUGCUGGUGUGAAAAAGUUCAUCAGAAGCGGGUGCGGUUUGGCAAAAAGAAAGAGUGUGCGCGGUGGAAAUCGAUAUUUCAGCUACUGCUGCUAGCUAGACGUGAUGGGGUACGACGAAGUGCUAACGCAUCUGGGCGGAUUUGGCCGGUACCAGAAGAAGAUUUACGUGCUGCUAUGUCUGCCGGCAAUAAGCUGUGCAUUCCACAAGUUGGCCGGCGUUUUUCUGCUAGCCACACCGGAGUACCGGUGCAAGUUGCCCUUUGAGGUGGAUAAUGCCACGUACGAGCUGCCGCCAGAGUUGAUGUCAAUGGCCUACCCUAUGGAUUCGUUUACGAAGAAGUACUCAACCUGUACCUAUUUGGAUGUGAACUACACUCAGGAAUAUUUGGACAGUGGAACGCCGGCCAAGGAUGCCGUGAGCUGUAACCGAUGGGUUUACGACCGGUCCAGAUAUGAGAGUAGUACCGUGACGGAUUGGGAUAUGGUCUGUGACCGGAAUUGGCUGAGGGCUUCGGCCGAUUCCCUAUUUAUGGUGGGAGUCAUGUUGGGCAGUAUCAUUUUUGGAUAUUUGUCCGAUAAAUAUGGAAGAAAGCCCAUAUUUUUCGCAUCGCUGGUGACCCAGGUGAUUUUCGGAGUGUUGGCUGGAAUUGCACCGGAAUUUUUCACCUAUACGAUAGCUAGGAUUUUGGUGGGUGCCACAACGUCGGGAGUAUUUUUGGUGGCCUAUGUAAUUGCCAUGGAAAUGGUAGGACCGAAUGAUCGACUUUAUGCCGGAGUAGUCUGCAUGAUGUUCUUUUCUGUGGGUUACAUGCUGACGGCAGGUUUUGCCUAUUACAUCCAUGAUUGGCGAACGCUCCAGAUUGCCCUGACUUUACCCGGAAUAGUGUUUCUAAGCUACUGGUGGUUCAUCCCGGAGUCUUCGCGCUGGUUAAUCUCCAACAAUCGUCCAGCGGAAGCUAUCACAAUCAUCCAGAAGGUAGCCAAAUCGAACAAAGUCACCGUACCUGCCGAUGUUCUGGACAAAUUAGUGGAGGAAGACAAAGCUGCUCUAGAAAAGGAUAAAAACGAAGAGAAACCAUCACUCCUGGACAUAUUCAAAUACCCGAAUCUCCGACGCAAAGCCUUACUAAUUUUCUUCGACUGGUUUGUUAAUAGUGGCACCUACUAUGGAUUGUCCUGGAACACGAACAACCUCGGAGGUAACCCGCUGCUUAACUUUGUCAUCAGUGGAGCCGUUGAAAUUCCGGCCUAUUCAUUCUUACUGCUAACGCUGAAUCGCUGGGGUCGCAGAACAAUCCUGUGCGGAUGUAUGAUCUUUGCCGGCGUCAUGCUCCUUUCGACUAUGCUCGUUCCGGAAAACAUGCCCUGGUUGAUUGUACUUUUGGCGAUGCUGGGAAAACUGGCAAUUACUUCCAGCUACGGCACGGUGUACGUCUUCUCGGCGGAACAAUUCCCUACGGUAAUCCGCAACGUAGCCCUCGGAGCCGCUUCCACAUCUGCCCGUGUUGGCGGAAUACUCGCUCCGUACUUCAACCUGCUGGGCGACUACUGGCAACCCCUGCCGUUGCUAAUCUUCGGGGCCAUGGCCUUCGCCGGUGGACUCUUAUCUCUCCUGCUUCCGGAGACGCACAACCAGAAGCUGCCGGAAACCAUUGCUGAUGGGGAAAACUUCGGCAAGGUGAAAACAAUCCCUGGGGAACCGCUCUCGGUAGCCGGGCGGGAUGCCGAUAUAGAAAAAACAACCGAAGAGAUGCAGGUACUGAAUCCGGUGACCGCUGGCGUUGUCGAUGAAAAUCAAACUGGUGAAAAUUUGCGUAAAGAAAAGUACUAACCAGCUCCAGGCAGGUACCAAACGGGCGCAUCUCGUAAGCGAUAGUUUGUAUUAUUAGGUAAUAGUGAUCAGGCCAGUAUUUCCAAUAAUUGAGAUGGAACGAGGUAGCUUAGAAAAAAAUUGGGACACGCCCUCAACCUACUUCAUACAAAGGUACUUAGUUAGGUAUUAGUCAGGUAGGUCUGUCGAAGCGAAGAACCCCUAUAACAAGUGCAUGAACCGAUCAUCUCAGCUUAUGAUUUCAAGUAGCGUACGAAGUUAAACCGAUUUCAAAGUUCAACUGAAAAACCGCGUGCAUGUACUUAACAAUUUCAAAUAUCUAGAAGUCGACAUCGUUAGGACACGAUUCCUUUACACGCAAAUCAUAAUCGACAGCCGAAUAAUUAUAGGAAAAUCUCUUUAGUUCAGUUCCAAACAAAUUCAUCCAUCAAGAUCACGCGAGCCAACGUCUAUAAAGGUAUUAUUUUUCGCACGUUUCUGGUUUCUCCUAGCUAAAGCUUGAGCUAGUACCUACAACCAGCGAACCGAAACCGGCAAACGGGUUCAAGCACACAUUUCUCACCUACCAUCUGAUGUGUGUAUUUUUUUUUUUUUUGUUUGUCAUUAGCUCCGCUGUUUCCAGAAAUGGUAGAACGCGGUCUGAAUAUUUUUUUCGGCGAAAAAAAAAUGAUGGAAAACAGCGUGCCAAGAUAAACCGUAUACGGAGUGUAGAGGAAACUGCUAAUUUUUUAUCGAGGAUUAUUCUGACGUGUUGUUAGUUGGAAAAACGCCGAAUCAGUAUUGCAGCAACAAUUUUUACCGUAAAGAAUCGCACUCAUUGGAAGGCAAUUUUGAUUCUUUUUUUCUCAAUUCCAAGAAAUGCACCCGCUAUGUUCAUCGAUCAUAAUUCAUAAUUAUGGGUACCAUUUUUUUGGUAAAUUGACAGUGGGACAACCGAAUUUGGGUGCCUUCUUUCCUUUAAUAUUUAAAGCACCGCUGCGCGCAUGUCAGGGCUAUAAUUUGUGUAACCAUAUGCAUUGAUCCUUCCCCUUCAGAUGAAAAUGUUGGGCAGAAAGAGAGUCAAAACAAUUUAUGUGCUCGAGAGCCUAAAAUAUCUUCGGAUGCUGCUGGUCGAUUAAAACAUUCCAAGAAAAGGUGUACACGUUUUGUUCGUAUGUACACCACCAACCUUAGUUCGACACUAUUAUUGCUGAAACAAGGCAAACACAGAAAGGUGAAAAAAAGCAAACGAAAAAAUGGAGAUGUAAUGAGAGCCGGCAGUUUCAAUUCCUAUCGCCUGACAUCGUACGAUUUUAGUGAAACUACCACGUGGAUGCGCGUCAUCGACAACGGCGAGGUGUGACGGAUGAUGAAACGUGACUCAUUUUCUGCAUAUGGUCUAGCAUUAGGUAGACCGUUAGUGUUCAUUUUGGGAUGAACUGUGAUAUAUCGAGUAGGAAAUUUUUGUUAUUUUUUGUUAUAGUUUCUCUUGAUUGUACCCCAAUUUUUUAAUUUUAGGUCUAUUCUUAUAAGAACUGUAUCGAAAACUCUUUAGCAAGAUCUUUCUGUGAAUAACAACUAAAUAAGUUUAUUAUUUUAAUUUUUCCUAUAUGGUUUAUUGAAGAUCAGUAUAAUUAGAAACAAUAUCAUGGUCAACAUAAGUCAAAAAAUUAUGUUCUAAAGAAUGAUCGCACUUUUGAUGAAAUGCCUUCCAUCAGGUUCUGCACAGUAGCUUUUGUGCAUUUAUUUCCUGGAUGCUGCCUUUCAAUUUUUCUCGAAUUCUUCCAUGCUUUGAGAAACUGUCUCCUCCUUCCUAAAGAUCCUCUUCACAAUCGUUCAAUCGGUCGGAGAUCUGGACAAUUUGGUGGAUUGAUGAUUUUCUCGACAAAUUAGAUAUUAUUUUCUGAAAGCACUGCGGUACAGGCUUGGCGUAAUGUCCAGAUGCCAAAUCCGUCCAGAAGAGAGGAGGAUACUGAUGCUUUUUAUAGAGGGGCAGCAAUAUUGUUUUCAACUUUCAUCUUUGUUAACAUGAGCAUUCAUUGUACCUUUGGUGAAGAAAAUACUUGACCGCAGACCACGGAUAGAAAUAGCUUUCCAUACUAGAACCUUUUGCCCAAUUUCUUUCCAUCGCAAUCAUGCAGUCAUCAUCCUCCAUCACCUCGUCUGUCGAUUUCGUGCAGAAUUGUGGCCCGGGAAACGUUCUUGAAUCUUGUUUGACGUAGGUUUCGUCGUCCAUUAAGAUGCACCUGUGGCUGUUGUCCAGAAUCCGUUCGUAAAGUUUCCAUGCCUUUGUUUUUGCUCGAGAUUGUUGCUCUACUGAUUUCUUAGGUACCUUCCGCUUCUUGUACGUCUUCAAGGAGAUCAUUCCAAUGCUAAUUUUGAACUUUUUAGCCAGAUCACGCGUUGAAACCGAUCGGUUACGUUUGAUAUGAUGUUGUAGGUAACACCCUUUUCAGUGCACCAAGUGGGCAGAAUUUUCUUUCUAGUUUCAAGAUUAAUACGAACCAUAGCGAAGAUGAAAAAACUUAUCUGAACGAAUUGAUUUCACAACAUGUAAACAAACUUUUGCUUGCAUACACACAGAAACAAGUUUACCCAUUUUUGAGUAAACUAGUUUUUAAAGUUGCACUAUUUAGUGCCGGUUGUAGGAACAAUUCCUGGGCAUGAUUCUCGAAUCGUAUCAAAGGACUGAGGAGUUGGCGACUAACAAUUCAAAAUAUCAAAAUCUUAACGUGUCGUGACCAAAUAAACCAAUCUAGUUUCCAAACGGGUUUCAAUUGACUUUACCUAAAUUUUUAGGUCGCGUCAAUCCUGUGUCCGAUUAUUUAAUGAAUAGAUUCGGACGGAUCAGACCAUCAGCUCCCGUCCACGCAAUAAAACAUUGAUUUCUUAUCAUUCUCAAACAAAAACACAAUCAGUCGUCGUCGGGUCAUUUAUACGACGAUAAAUUCCCAAUAAAGCCAAACAGAAAAAAAAACAAC